AGCAUGAGCCCGUCCUUCCUCCUCCUCCUACUCCUCCUCGCCCUGCCUGCCCGCGCCCGGCGAGAGCAGGUGCCCGGCGGGGCGCAGCGGGGCCGCAACGCCCCCGCGUCUUCCUCCUCCUCUUCCUCCUCCCCGGCGGCGGCGGGGCCGAGCCGCUUCCCGCGGAGCCGCCCGGAUCGGCGGCGGGGCCGGCUGUACUGCCGGGUGGGCAUCGGCUUCCACCUCCAGCUGCACCCCGACGGCCGCGUGGACGGCGCCCACGACGCGAGUCCGCUCAGUAUUUUGGAAAUAUUUGCUGUGUCUCAGGGGAUUGUAGGAAUACGAGGAGUUUUCAGCAACAAAUUUUUAGCGAUGUCAAAAAAAGGAAAACUCCAUGCAAGUGCCCGGUUCACGGUGGACUGCCAUUUCCGGGAGCGCUUCCAGGAGAACAGCUACAACACCUACGCCUCGGCCGUGCACCGCAGCCCUCGCUCGGGGCGCCAGUGGUACGUGGCCCUCAACAAGCGGGGCAAAGCCAAGCGGGGCUGCAGCCCCCGUGCCCGGCCCCAGCACGUCUCCACGCACUUCCUGCCCCGCUUCUGGCAGCCGCAGCCCCCGGAGCUCGCCUUCACCGUCGCUCUCCCUGAGAAGAAGCCCCCGCCGCCGAAGCCCAAGGUCGCCCCAUCCCCGCCUCGGAAGAACCCCGGCCCUGUCAAGUACCGGCUGAAGUUCCGCUUCGGGUAGUGCCGCGGUGGGGAUGGUGGCGCUGGAGAGACUGGGCACUGGGGAGCUUUUGGGGGUGACCCCACGGGAGGCCCGUGUCACCCUCUGCAGAUGGACACAGGGAAGCUCCCAGGUGGCCGUGCCACCUCGAAAGGCUCGAGGACUUCUCUUCACCGCACAAGCUGGGCGGCGUCCCCAGAGGCGUGUGCUGGGAUGGCGCAGCUCGGGCUUGCCAAAGAGAAUUCCCGUGGUGCCCUGAAAGCACUGGAUGGACCUCGGGUUAGCGUUCUGUUGUUGGAAGAAGUAGAAAGGUACCUCUAUAGCGAACAUAUUUUCUUACCUUAUUUUCACUAGUGACUCCUUUGACAAUCAUUUUCAUGCGAGAGAGAUGUUCAGAGCCAAGUGGUUUUGUUUGUUUUUCUUGCAUCUCCUUCUUGCUGCACUUUUUCCUCCGACCAUACCUCAGGCACCGUGUAUCCAGGUCUGUCCCUUCCCUUUCUCUUAGAAACCAGCUCUUCCCUUCCACAACAAAACAGUGAGACCAAGCCCUCCAAAUUCAGUCGCCUUAUCUGUGCUGCAAGGUGGUCUUCAAACUCUCUGUUGGCAAUAAUAGAUGUGUGUGUGUAUUUUGUAAGGGUUGCAGGCUUGGGGAGGGUGGCUGUUUGCAGCCCACUCCUGGUGGUCUCUCCCCUUCUUCCCUGGACAGCUGGAGGAGCGAGUCUCUUCCUGUCCAUCCAAGUAUGGAUUCGAUGCCUGCUUUAAAAUACCUCUGCCCUGGUGCCGGGGCGUUCCUGCUCCCUGGAGGAGUCCUUCCCCACCCCGGCUCCCUGGGGACAGGGAUGCCUGUGGCCCCCAGGUGCCCACCAGUUUCGUCCUACACUUUUUGCUGCUGAUUUAUUUUAUCACUCUCAAUACAUUUGCAGAGGCAGGGAGCAAGGUUUUUAUUUUACAGUGCGUGUGGUGAUGUGGCAAUAAAUGCUGUUAUAUCUGCUUGUCCCUUUGGGAGUGUUUCUCCCAUCCAGGUUGCCUGACGGCCCUGUUGUUGAAUUGUUUUUCUGUCGUGGUGUGGUCUGUGAAGUAGUGGUGCACAUGGAGUUUGUAAUCGGUGUUUAGCAGUGUUGCUGUACAUACAGGCACUGGUAGCAUUGAACCUCACCAGUGAAGCCUUAAUUAGGAGCCCAGAUGGACUCAGGUUGGCAGAACCCCUCGGGACCUGAGCCCUACCAGCGUCCGGCAGCAAUAAUGACCUUCAUCUCCUGAUUGUGGUACAAAUGGCUGUUUCCAUUGGAAUCGUGGUUCUUUGCCUUCGUCAUCCUUCUGGCAGCCCCUGGCUGGACAUGUAUGCUCCAUGUACAGGGAUGGAUGGGGAUGCUGGAAUAAAAUAGUUGUGUUUCAUUUUAUAA